AUGGAGCUCCACCCGUCAGUCACUGUCGCCAUGGGAACCAAGGGUAUCUUUGUGGGAGUUAUGCACUGGAUACAUUUGUCAAUACUUUUUGAAAAUGAUCGUCAUUUUUCUCACCUCUCAUCUUUGGAACGGGAAAUGACUUUUCGCACUGAAAUGGGACUUUAUUAUUCCUACUUCAAGACCAUUAUCCAAGCACCUUCGUUUUUGGAAGGACUGUGGACAAUUAUGAAUGACAGGCUCACUGAGUAUCCCCUUGUAAUCAACACAGUGAAACGCUUCCAUCUUUAUCCAGAGGUGAUUCUGGCCUUCUGGUAUCGCACAUUUGUGGGAAUAAUGAAUGUAUUUGGGAUAGAAACUAAGACCUGCUGGAAUGUCACAAGAGUCCAACCUCUAAGUGAAGUUCAAAGCUGUGAAGGAGUGGGAGACCCUGCCUGCUUUUAUGUUGGUGUGAUUUUUAUUUUAAAUGGAGUAAUGAUGUCGAUGUUCUUCAUAUAUGGUGCGUGUCUGAGUGGGACUCACUUUGGAGGUCUAAUUACAGUAUUAUGCUACUUUUUCAACCAUGGAGAGGCUACUCGUGUGAUGUGGACUCCACCUCUCCGGGAGAGUUUCUCAUACCCGUUUCUCGUGCUUCAGAUGUGCAUUUUAACCUUGAUCCUCAGGCUCUCGCACAGCAGCGGCAGGUAUUUCAUUGCGCUUUGCCUCUCCAAUGUUGCUUUCAUGCUUCCCUGGCAGUUUGCACAGUUCAUACUUUUUACGCAGAUAGCCUCAUUAUUUCCUAUGUAUGUUGUGGGGUACAUUGAGCCAAACACAUUUAAGAAGAUCAUUUAUAUGAACAUGAUUUCAGUUCUCCUUUGUUUCGUGCUGAUGUUUGGAAAUCCAUUGUAUUUAUCUUCUUAUUAUUCUUCAUCUUUGUUAAUGACAUGGGUGAUAAUUCUAAAGAGAAAUAACAUUCAAAGAUUGGGUGUAUCUGAACUCAACUUUUGGCUAAUUCAGUGUUUCGGUUGGUUUUGUGGAACAAUCAUUUUGAAAUUCCUGACAUCUAAAAUCUUUGGCGUUUCAGAUCAUAUUCGCCUGAGUGACCUAAUUGCGGCGAGAAUCUUGAGGUUUACAGAUUUUGAUACUUUAAUUUACACCUGUGCUCCUGAAUUUGGCUUUAUGGAAAAAGCGACUCCAGUGAGAUACAUAAGGACGUUAUUGCUUCCACUUGUUAUGGUGAUUACUUAUUUCAUCUUAAAAAAGACUUUCCGUGAUGUUUUAUGUGUCUUAUGUACAAACACUUAUCAAAGAAAACAGCUCCUUGAACAUGGUGAGCUGAUUUUCCACACGUUGCAGCUGUUGGCAUUUACUGCCCUCGCCAUUUUAAUUAUGAGGCUGAAGCUGUUUUUGACUCCACACAUGUGUGUGAUGGCUUCCCUGAUAUGCUCGCGGCGGCUCUUUGGCUGGCUUUUUUACAGAGUUCGCUUUGAGAACGUCAUCUUUGGCCUCCUCACAGUCAUGUCCAUCCAAGGCUUUGUCAACCUGCGCAGCCAGUGGAGCAUCCUGGGAGAAUUUAAUAACCUGCCUCAGGAGGAGCUGAUCGAGUGGAUCAAAUCCAGCACCAGAGCAGAUGCCGUGUUCGCGGGCGCCAUGCCUACCAUGGCGAGUGUCAAGCUGUCCACGCUGCGCCCCAUCGUGAAUCACCCGCAUUACGAGGACGCGGACUUGAGGGCCCGGACAAAAAUAGUUUAUGGCGUAUAUAGUCGAAAAUCUGCAAAAGAAGUGAGGGAUAAGUUGUUGGAGUUACAUGUGAAUUACUACAUUCUAGAAGAGGCGUGGUGUGUUGUGAGAACUAAGCCUGGCUGCAGCAUGCUUGAGAUUUGGGAUUUGGAAGACCCUUCCAAUGCAGCGAACCCUCCCCUGUGCAGCGCCUUGCUCAAGGACGCCCGGCCCUACUUCACCGUGGUGUUCCAGAACAGCAUGUACCGAGUGCUGAAGGUGGCCUGAGGAGGAGGCCGCCCGUGGCACCGUGGCCCAAGAAGUGCAUCGAACACAAUCACUUUGGCUUGUUUACAUGAAUAAGAUCACAAUCUUUAAUAAGGGACCCUCAAGAAGAAGACAGUCAAAUGAUCUAGUGUUUCUGAUUA